GAAGUUCCUUCGUAAACAUCGCGGGCACAAUGUUCUCACCAUCAUUCUUGGUGAACCGUGUUUUAAAGUGCUAAAAAGAAAAAGUGCUCUGUGUUAAGCAUUUUUCAAUUUUUCGUUAGAUUUUUAUUAUAUUUUUACUUUGUUGCUUCUUUGUUUACUUUGUUUCUUUCGUUCAACUCUGCGAAGAAUGCGUCGGUUUUCCAUCAUUUGGAUAAGUACGUCUUUGCUGCCCCUAAUAUUGUUCAUCGAUUGUGCAUUCGGCCUGUAUGAAACGUCGCCUCAUAUUAUUGUGUUUAUGGCUGACGAUUUGGGAUGGAAUGACGUUAGUUUUCAUGGAUCGAAUCAGAUACCAACUCCUAACAUCGAUGCACUCGGGUACAAUGGGAUUAUACUAAACAGACACUAUGUACUACCGUCAAGUACGCCAUCCAGGACAGCUUUUUUCACUGGACAGUAUCCAAUCCGUAUCGGGAUGCAAGGAGCUGACAUUCGCGGUGGCGAACCACGUGGCCUGCCACUCAACAUCAAAAUUUUACCAGAGCAUUUACGAGGCUUAGGAUAUACCACGAAAUUAAUUGGAAAAUGGCAUAUGGGUUACUAUACACCUCAGUACACGCCAUUGCACAGAGGCUUCGAUACGUUCCUCGGUUUUUACAACAGCUAUAUUUCUUACUACGAUUAUAGCUAUUCGAAUCAGAACAUGAGCGGAUACGAUAUGCAUCGCGGAGACGAUCCAGCUUACGGGAUGAAUCGCGAAUACGCGACAGACAUGUUCACCCGUGAAGCGAUCAACAUCAUCGAGAAUCACGAACUUAAUAGGCCUCUUUAUCUCCAGUUAUCGCAUCUUGCUGUUCACGCACCUUUAGAACAACCAAUGAACGUGUACAACGAUAGAGAGCCUAUACACAUUCGCGAGCCGAAUCGUCGCAAAUACGCUAAAAUGGUGUCGAAGUUGGACGAGUCGGUUGGGCGCAUAUUUCACGCGCUAGGCGAGAAAGGAAUGUUGAAGGACUCCUUGAUUCUGUUUCUAACCGAUAACGGAGCAGCUUCGGUCGGUAGAUACAGGAACUACGGCUCCAACUAUCCCUUAAGAGGGACAAAAUACACGUUAUACGAAGGAGGCGUGAGAGGAGUCGCGGCAUUGUGGUCGUCCAGGCUGCAGAAAGCAGCCCGCGUAUCCAAUGAAUUGGUACACAUAACGGAUUGGUUGCCAACAUUGUACUCUGCAGCUGGUGGAGAUCUGAAGGAUCUAGGCAAGAUCGACGGAAUCGAUCAAUGGCGUCUACUUAGUGAAGGAAGUGGACGUGGACGUGGCAGAGAUAAACUUUUGUUGAAUAUCGACGAAGUUUUAAAAACUGAGGGAGCGAUCUAUAGUCGAUUUAAAUUGUUGAGGGGUACCAACGAAAAUGGUUAUUACGACGGAUACUAUGGCGACUCUGGAAAGACGUUAGAGACGCUACCUACGUACACGGAUAUCGUGAUGAAAAGUACCGUUUCUGAGAGCCUCACUUAUCAUUUGGGUGGUCCGGUGACACAACCGAGUACAAUGGUACGAUUACGGCAAGAUGCAACGGUUCAGUGUAAUGCAAAUUUCACGUAUUACCGCAGACAGAUGCUCACGCCUUGCAACGUCACGGAAUGUUUAUUCGACAUAGUGAACGAUCCAUGCGAAACAAGGAACAUCGCGGAAACGUAUGUCAGGAUCGCCAGAGACUUGAACUAUUUUCUGGAAGAGUAUAGCCACAUUUUGGUGAAGCAAAUGAAAAAACCGAUCGAUUGGUCGGCAGAUCCGAGAAAUAGAAACGAUACGUGGGGACCGUGGGUGAAAUCAGGGGAUGCGCUGUGCAACGCUGCAGCUGUACUUGGCAACUUAGUCUACUACAUCCACAUAUCGGUGAUUUUGGUUUCGAUAUUACUGAGCAAUUUUAUAUGACCAUGCAACGUUUGUUCGAGCAGUGAUUCUAUAAGGAAAUAUUGUCGCAGUAUCAAAUGAUUGUCGAAAAUCGCAAAUCAGUUGACUCAACUUGAAAUGGCACACAGAGUUUUAAACAACAGGGUAAUAAUUUGCCAAACUGAACAGUUUUCGAAGAGUCAAGCAGAACAUAUCUAUUUGUGGUUGUUUUAUCAUCAGAAAUUUUAGCAAAGUAAAUGAACGUUUUAAAAGAAUA